GGUCGGCGGUGGGCGGGGCCCGGGCUCCCAUCAUGGCGGCUGCGGUAGCUUUCCGAUUCUGUCUCUUGGCUGCCUUGCUUAUCCCUGCGGGUGCGGUUUAUGAAGACCAAGUGGGCAAGUUUGAUUGGAGGCAGCAAUAUGUUGGGAAGCUCAAAUUUGCCUCCUUGGAAUUUUCCUCUGGAUCCAAGAAGUUGGUCGUGGCCACGGAGAAGAAUGUGAUCGCAGCAUUAAAUUCUCGGACCGGGGAUAUCCUGUGGCGCCAUGUUGACAAGGGUACGGCGGAGGGGACAGUGGACGCCAUGCUACUAUAUGGACAGGAUGCAAUCACUGUGUCCAACGGAGGCCGGAUCAUGCGUUCCUGGGAGACUAACAUCGGGGGCCUGAACUGGGAGAUUACCUUGGACAGUGGCAGUUUCCAGGCGCUGGGGCUGGCGGGCCUGCAGGAGUCCACGAGGUUCGUUGCGGUGCUGAAGAGGACGACGCUCGCCUUGCAUCACCUCUCCAGCGGGCAUCUGAAGUGGGUGGAACAUCUUCCCGAAAGUGACAGCAUCCACUACCAGAUGGUGUAUUCCUACGGCUCCGGGGCGGUGUGGGCCCUCGGCAUCCUUCCCUUCAGCCACGUGAACGUCGUUAAGUUCAACGUGGAAGAUGGAGAGAUUGUGCAGCAGGUCAGGGUUUCAACUCCCUGGCUACAGAGUCUCACCGGAGCCUGUGGUGUGGUGGAUGAGGCUGUCCUGGUGUGCCCUGACCCAAGCUCACGCUCCCUCCAAACCUUGGCUCUGGAGACAGAGUGGGAGUUGAGGCAGGUCCCACUGCAGUCUCUCGACUUAGAAUUUGCAAGUGGCUUUCAACCCCGGGUCCUGCCCACGCAGCCCAACCCAGUGGAUCCUUCUCGGGCCCAGUUCUUCCUGCAGUUGUCCCCAAGCCACUAUGCCCUGCUGCACUACCACCACGGGGUCCUGAGCCUCCUCAAGAACUUCCCACAGACUGCCCUUGUGAGCUUCGCCACCACGGGGGAGAAGACCGUGGCUGCAGUCAUGACCUGUCGCAACGACGUGAAACCUGGCACUUCUGACGACGGGCCUGCGCGGAGCUUUUCGGAGAGGUCUAGUGCACAGGACUCGCUGGCUUGCUUCAACCAGACCUACACCAUCAACCUCUACUUGGUGGAGACAGGUCGGCGGCUGCUUGACACCACCAUCACCUUCAGCCUGGAGCAGAACGGCACUCGGCCCGAGCGGCUGUACAUCCAGGUGUUCUUGAAGAAGGAUGACUCCGUGGGCUACCGGGCCUUGGUGCAGACAGAGGACCACCUGCUCCUCUUCCUGCAGCAGCUGGCAGGGAAGGUGGUAUUGUGGACCCGGGAGGAGUCUCUAGCAGAGGUGGUGUGCCUGGAGAUGGUGGACCUCCCCCUGACGGGGGCGCAGGCUGAGCUGGAAGGAGAAUUUGGCAAGAAGGCAGAUGGCUUACUGGGGAUGUUCCUGAAGCGACUCUCGUCCCAGCUUAUCCUGCUGCAGGCAUGGACUUCCCACCUCUGGAAAAUGUUUUACGAUGCUCGGAAGCCCCGGAGUCAGAUAAAGAAUGAGAUCAACAUUGACACCCUGGCCAGAGAUGAGUUCAACCUCCAGAAGAUGAUGGUGAUGGUGACGGCCUCGGGCAAGCUUUUUGGCAUUGAAAGCAGCUCCGGCACCAUACUGUGGAAACAGUACCUCCCCAGUGUCAAGCCAGACUCCUCCUUUAAACUGAUGGUGCAGAGAACCACUGCCCACUUCCCCCACCCCCCGCAGUGCACCCUCCUGGUAAAGGAUAAGGAGACAGGAAUGAGUUCCCUCUACGUUUUCAAUCCCAUUUUUGGGAAGUGGAGUCAGGUGGCCCCCCCAGUGCUGAAGCGCCCCGUCCUGCAGUCGCUGCUUCUCCCCAUCAUGGAUCAAGACUACGCCAAGGUGCUGCUGUUGAUAGAUGACGAGUACAAGGUCACAGCUUUCCCAGCCACUCGGAACGUCUUGCGACAGCUCCACGAGCUGGCCCCUUCCAUCUUCUUUUACUUGGUGGACGCAGAGCAGGGACGGCUGUGCGGAUACCGACUUCGGAAGGAUCUCACCACUGAACUGAGCUGGGAGCUGACCAUUCCCCCAGAAGUGCAGCGUAUUGUCAAGGUGAAGGGGAAGCGCAGCAGCGAGCAUGUUCAUUCCCAGGGCCGUGUGAUGGGGGACCGCAGCGUGCUCUACAAGAGCCUGAACCCCAACCUGCUGGCCGUGGUGACCGAGAGCACAGAUGGACACCACGAGCGCACCUUCAUCGGCAUCUUCCUGGUGGACGGAGUCACUGGGCGCAUCACCCACUCCUCCGUGCAGAGGAAGGCCAAGGGCCCCGUGCACACGGUGCACUCCGAGAACUGGGUGGUGUACCAGUACUGGAACACCAAGGCCCGGCGCAACGAGUUCACCGUGCUGGAGCUCUACGAGGGCACCGAGCAGUACAACGCCACGGCCUUCAGCUCCCUGGACCGGCCCCAGCUGCCCCAGGUCCUGCAGCAGUCCUACAUCUUCCCCUCCGCCAUCAGCGCCAUGGAGGCCACCAUCACCGAGCGGGGCAUCACCAGCCGACACCUGCUCAUUGGACUGCCUUCUGGAGCGAUCCUUUCCCUGCCUAAGGCCUUGCUGGACCCCCGCCGUCCUGAGAUCCCCACGGAACAGAGCAGGGAGGAGAACCUAAUCCCGUAUUCUCCAGAUGUACAGAUACACGCAGAGCGGUUCAUCAACUACAACCAGACCGUUUCUCGAAUGCGAGGCAUCUACACUGCUCCCUCAGGCCUGGAGUCCACUUGUUUGGUUGUGGCCUACGGCCUGGACAUAUACCAAACUCGAGUCUACCCGUCCAAACAGUUCGAUGUCCUGAAGGAUGACUAUGACUACGUGUUAAUCAGCAGUGUCCUCUUUGGCCUGGUCUUUGCCACCAUGAUCACUAAGAGGCUGGCACAGGUGAAACUCCUGAAUCGUGCCUGGCGGUAAAGACCCAGGCCCCGCCGCCAGAGACCUGAGAGCCGAGAGCGGAUGGGGCGGGCGUCAGUGAAGCUCCCACUCAGCUCGACAGGGUGGUAGAGGGUGUGUGUCGGGUGCUCACCUUAGUUAAGAGUUGUAAGGAGGAAAGUGGGCUUGUGGACACUGCUGUGGGGCGUGCCUGGCGCAGCUGGUGGUGGGUGGAGGCCGGACUCACUCAGCCGAGAGUCUCAGAGCAUCUCGAUGGACCUCCUGAAUCCAAAGACCACUGCCCUGUUCCUCUCUUGCCCGUCUUGUCCUUUUUCGGACGAGACCUCCCAACAGAGUUUUCUCUUUCGUGAGGCCUGUUUAAAUUGACUUUGGGUUGUCUUCUGUUCCCCACGUUAACCUAGAAAUCUUUCUGUUUCCCUGCUUCUUGCUUGAGUUGGAAGGGAGCUGUGACCGACAACUCCGCCUUGUAGGCGCGUCUGCACUUUUACAUUCAGGAGGGCAAAGACCCCGCCUUAGCCGCAGUUUCAGGGCCGGUCCAGCCUCUCACAGCUUCUCUCCAAAGUAGCUCCUGGUGAGGAGUCCACAUGUGGUGUCCGAGUUAUUUUAAUUAAGCCUCCAGGUGCGUGCUCCCAUUCCGGUUGAGCCACCCAGGCUCUGUCUCCGUUUUCCGAAAGCCGAGUAGUAACCAGCAUCUUGGAUUGUUGAUCACUGCCUAUGCUCUUCGCCUAAGGCGUGUCCAAGCUGAGGCCUUUCUGUACUACUGAAUUGUCUGAGCCUUGAAGAGAUUCUGGGGAGGGGGAGGGAGGACCUGGCUGUUCCACAGCACCUCAUAAUCUUCACCACACCCACGGCCUGGGCCGGCCAUCGGACAGCCGAGUUAAGUGGCAAGAGUCAUCCUCGUGUAAGAGCCUCACUAUUUAUUUCUAGUUUUAGAUAUGAAUUAAUGUGUGGGUCACUAGAUUGCUCUUAAAAUGAGCUGACUUUAAGUCUUGUGGAUCCUUAAGAAAUGGAGAAAAAGGGUAGAGGUAGGAAAUUGGCAUUUUGUGGAUGAGGCAUUGCCGAUUGGCCGAGCAGCCGUGUCUGCUGCAAAUGAAAGACGUCCUGAGGGUUCUUCCUUGGUGGACGUGGGGCACGAUGGGGUUUUCCUUUACUGUGAAGAGUGAAAGGUGCGGAGCAGGCCUCUGGCCUUGUGGGGGGGAGGCACACUCAAUGUCUGAAUAAAGCAAGUGACCAGCGA